AUGGGUGCACGCGAUUCAAAGCUUGGUUCACGUGCGGGAUCACCGCUGGCCUGUGAAACACAUUUGGGAGAGAUAUCAGUCCAGAGUUUUGGUCCAGAGAAUGGACCAGUGGUGAUUGCUAUUCAUGGUAUGUCAUCAGCUGUCCUGCGCGAAUGGGAUGUCUGUGCUGAAGCUUGCGCGGAAGCGGGUUUUCGGGUCUUGCUGCCCAAUUUUCAUUCCAAUCCAAGAACAGCUCCUGGUCUUGGUCUCGGAGUUGGGGAAGAAGAUGUGAUGAAGAUUCUGGUGACUGCAAUUUCAGCACACAGCAAAGACCCGGUGAUUUUGAUGGGAAAAAGUUGGGGAGGUGCUGUUGCAGCGAAAUUUGCGCAAAGACACUCAGACAUGGUGAGACAAUUGGUGCUAAUUUGCCCAGCACUAGCAAGUGCAGCUGUUGCCAAGGAGGUGAAACGCGGCGGUCGGAAAAAGAUGGGCGAGUGUUGCUUCAAAAGGAUACUGGGGAAGCUGUCCUGUCGUGUGUUUGGCAUUGAAGACAUUAAAGAUGAUGGUAGGAAGGAGAUGCCGCAGCAAAUUUGCGAAACAGUCCGCUAUCCGACAGGUCAUGUGGUGCUUCGCACCCCAGAUGUGCGGGAAGAGGGUGAAAAGCAACAUCAUCCGAGUGACGCGCCCAUGCCUUGGAUAUCCUUGGAUGCCAUGGCUUUCCCGUUGGGCCAUCCAUUUUUUUGGUGGCAGAAGAAGCAAAGCCAACCUUGCGACGAGUGCUCGUCGCUGGAGGAUUUCUACAAGGACAACGACUUGGUCUUUCUGCUUUUCUACGAGCGGAACCUGGUUUCGCACCAUGCCUACAAGGGAGCCAUUGUUGCGGGCUUUCAUGAGGCUUGCAAAGAUCUUCGGUGGUCCAGAGUUGCGUGCGGCAUCGUAGACAUGCUUGAGGACAAAGUGUACGCUGAAAAAUACAUUGAUCCGAAAACUGCUCCGGCGCACAUCGCUGUGCGAGCUGGCGAGCCAGUUCCUUCGCAGAAGGAGUGGAUACAAAAGCUCCUGUCGAAGCCUGGGGACAAGGCGUUGAUGUUGUGGCACCUGCACCAGCAGCUGGUGCCCAAAGAGCUGGGUGAGCCAUUGCAGAUCUCCAUUGCCACAAAGGAGAAGCAAUUGGAGGGGUUGAUCUCCAAACAUGAGGUUGUGGUGGUCGCCAACCUGGCCACUGCCAGCACAAAGGUGGUGGAAUCUUUCCGCGCUGCAGUCCAGCAACUGGUGUGGAAAAGACAGGUUCCAUCCGACAUCCCAGUGCCAACAGACAUGAAGGGCAGCUCCUCAAAGAAUGCCGCAAGGAAGCAACGGCAGCAGCGCCAACGUGCGCGUAUACUGUUCGUGGUUUUGACUCAGGACGCAGCAGAUGCAGCUGUGCCUCGCGGCAAGGUAGCUGCAUUUGUCGCUGGGAAAAGUCAGCCGCCCGCAGAUCUGGAGAAGGAUUGGAAUGAUGCCAACAUCGGUAAGAUUAAGGACAGCACAUUUGCCGGGUCUGGCGGUGUUGUGGCCAUCAUCCAAGCGGCUGAGAUGGUGUUUCGCCCCCUGAGGCCGGUGCUGGCGGCGCAGAAAGCUCCUUCACCCAUCGGUCGUCGGAACAUGCUUCAGGAGCUACAGGAAGUGUCUUCCCCUAGCUGGCGAGCUCUUCCUCACUCUGUGCCCAGAUCAUUGUGGCCAACCGCCUCUUGUACCUUCCCCGCUUUGUCGCAGCAGGACACAACAGAAAAGUUGAGUCUCUAUGACACCAUGGAAGGUAUCUACACCGAGUUUUGGCAGGUGGCUGAAUGCGGCGUGCCAGACAGUGUGUCGUUGGACAGGUCUGCGGAGAUUGACUUGUCCCACGAGUUUCCGCCCGAGCAACGAGAAGCUCAAGUGGAUCAGGCGGCUGGCGGGAGGAGUUUCCUCGGUGCCAAACAAUGA